AUGUGGACAACUACCUCCGGCUUUACGGGCAGAAAGCUUCGUCUUGCCAUCACCAUCACCGCCGUUACUGGUUUCUCCCUUUUCGGUUACGAUCAGGGUCUCAUGUCCGGUCUGAUCAACGGUAAUGAGUUCACGAAAGAGUUCACUACCCUCGAGAUCCCUAAGGGUGCGAGCGAAUCAUACCAGAACCAGAUCAACGUCUACCGUGGUGCCGUUACUGCUUGUUAUGAGAUUGGAUGUUUAUUCGGUGCUAUUUUCACUCUCUUCUUCGGUGGGAAGACCGGCCGUACUCCCUUAGUAUUUGCUGGUGGUAUCUUCAUGACCGUCGGUGCUUUGAUUUCAACCGUUUCUUACAAUCACGCCUGGGGUCUCGGCCAGUUCGUUGUCGGUCGUGUUGUUUCGGGUGUGGGUAAUGGCAUGGUCACUGCCAACGUCCCUGUCUGGCAAUCCGAGUGCUCCAAAGCCCACAACCGUGGUUUCCUCGUCUGCUUCGAGGGUGCUAUUAUCGCCGUCGGUACUUUCGUCGCCUACUGGGUUGAUUUCGGUAUGUCCUUCGUAAACAGCUCCGCCCAGUGGCGGUUCCCUGUCGCCUUGCAGAUCGUUUUCGCCAUCGUUGUGAGCAUAGGCGCUCUGAUGGUGCCUGAUUCCCCUCGCUGGUUCCUCAUGAGAGGGCGCGAGCAAGAUGCUAUCGAUGUUCUGGCCAAGCUCAACGGUGCUACCCCCGACGAUGACCAGGUUUUGGCCGAGUUCAACCUUAUGAAGGCGGACCUGAAGUCCUCUGCCCACUCAAAGGGCAGCUGGAAGACGCUUUUUACCUUUGGCAAGACCCAAGAAUUCCAGCGCAUGAUUCUCGGUUGCUCCGGUCAGUUCUUCCAGCAGUUAACUGGCUGUAACGCUGCCAUCUACUACUCUACGGUGCUUUUCGAAGAUAACCUCGGGCUCGAUCACCAGCUAUCCAUGAUUAUGGGUGGCAUCUUCGCUACCGUCUACGCCCUCGCCACGAUACCCUCGUUCUUUAUGAUUGAGAAGGUUGGCCGCCGUAAGCUGUACCUGAUUGGUUUUAUGGGCCAGGGUCUCAGUUUUAUCAUUACCAUGGCCUGCUUGAUCAAACCUACCGACAUGAACGCUAAUGGUGCUGCCGUCGGUAUCUACGUCUAUAUUGUAUUCUUUGCCUUUACCAUCCUACCGCUCCCCUGGAUCUACCCGCCCGAGAUCAACCCCCUCCGUACCCGUACCAUGGCUAACGCCGCCGCGACCUGCGUUAACUGGGUCACUAAUUUCGCCGUCGUCAUGUUUACGCCUACUGCCGGUCGUGAUCUUGAGGAGAUCGACAUCAUCUUUGCAAAGGCGCACGUCGAGAAGAAGUGGCCUUUUGUCGUCGCCAACGAGCUGCCCAAGCUCAACGUUGAGCAGAUCGCUCAGAUGACCGCCGAGCUCGGCUUGGACAACCCUUUGGCAACCAGCUCCGGCCCUCAUGAGAAGGCCGAGAUGGCGUCUAGCAGUGAUGAAGGCCGGGGCAGAUAUGCGGCCCAGGAGAAGCAAGCUGCUACUUAA